AUGUAUAAUGAUUCUUUUUAUGUAACAGCUACCGCAGAUCUAAAUGUGCUUAUGUUUGGGAUCGACUCCAUGUCUAGUAUGACCUUUCAGCGGAAGCUUCCGGAUUCCUUGAACUUCUUAAAGAAAGACCUGAAAGCUGUGAUAUUCGAGGGGUACAACAUCGUAGGGGAUGCAACCACCCAGGCUUUGCUCCCGAUGUUUCUGGGUCAAUUACAACAUGAAAUUCCGGACAUUCUCGAGCGGCACCUCGACGGUUUAGAUUUUGUUUGGAAGCGUUACCGAGAGCGCGGCUACGUGACCUUAUUCGCUGAGGAUGAACCUCAUCUUGGUGUGUUUAACCUGCGACUCCAGGGAUUCGAAGAGCUGCCCACUGACCACUACAUGCGCUAUUUUUGGCAGUCGCAAGCACAGUCUCACUUAAAAAGUGACUGCAGUGCCAAGUAUUGCACUGGCCCUACGCCAAACCACCAUUACCUGCUUCAGUACAUCACCGAUUUCUUCCACAAGUAUCCCAGAAUCCCCCACUUCGCUGUCGGAUUUUCAGGGGAGUUGAGCCACGAUGAAGUCAACCCGUCUCAGUACCUUGACCCAGAUUUGUUAACAUUUUUAACGCAUUUUAAAGCCGAAGGGUAUCUGAACAAUACAUUGUUGAUUCUGUUCGGCGACCAUGGAUCUCGGAAAGGGAUACUGCGUAGAACUCUUCAGGGAAAGAUAGAAGAAAGGCUACCCUUUAUGUCAAUGGUGUUUCCUGAAAGUUUCAGAAAAAAGCACAGAGCUUUGUACGAAAAUCUGAAAAGAAAUGCCAAGGGAUUGACAACUCCAUUUGACAUCCAUAAGACUCUGCUAGAUGUAUUGGAUUUACCUAAGGUUUACCAAGCAAGUCAACAAAAGCCAGACAGAGGUGUUAGUUUGUUCCGCUCUAUCCCUGAAAAUAGAACAUGUCACCAAGCUGGAGUUGAUACUCAUUGGUGUACUUGUGUUCAGGAGGUUCCCAUUCCCACAUCUGAUCCAGUAGCCACUGCAGCAGCACAAGCGGUGGUUGACACCAUCAACAACCUAACUCAGGCAAACAGACAGCAGUGUGUCCUGCUCCAGCUGGCUUCCAUCCAUUCAGCCAGCCUUGUCUUGCCGAAUCUGCAGGUACUGACAUUUCACAAAACCGAAGGCGGGAAUUUCUCCGCGCUGUUCGGCAAUGCAACAGUCGACAUGGCAGAGUUUCAGAUCACUCUUGAAACAGAUAAAUGCAGAGGAGUAUUCGAAGCAACCGUGCAAGUACUGUUUCACCAGGACGGUAGCGAGAGCGGUGGGGAGAACCAGGGUCAUGCCGGAUUAACGUACAGUGCCUUUGAACAUUCCAUCAGUCGUAUAGAUACAUACGGGUCUCAAUCUGCUUGCAUCUGUAAAAGUAACCCCAAUAUAAUGAAGUAUUGUUGUUGUGAAAGAUAUUUGCAUGGAGAACAGAUGACGAAUUGUUAA